GCCCGCCUGUGGAGAGUGGGGCGUGCAGCUAGGUGGAGGCCGCCUGGUAGGCGCUCGGCGCCUGGGUUCCUGUUAGGAAGGAUGACCGGGGAGGAGCGGAUUUUGAGGCCUCCGCUCCCAGGUCCUGGGGCGGUGCUUGACCAGAGAAGGAGGAAAGAAAAACCUCGCGGAAGGGGCUAGUUCCCUCACUUAGGGGAGUCAGUGGAGGUCUGAGUGCGAAUUUGUGCUGAGGGUGAAGUACCUGGUGUUUAUACCUGUGUUUCUCUAGAUCCCCCGUAAGGUUCAAGUACUUGGUGUGAGUGAAAACUAAAUCGUAGAGUGCUCGGCAAGUUUAAGACGCUAUUGACAGUACCCUGAGCUGCUGUAUUUUUCUUUACAUUUUCUUGGAUAUCUGUGUCUCUCUUCCUGUAGGUUUGUAUCGGGGCCCUAUGUGUGGAUUUAAAAAUAUAUACAUUUAAAAAAUCAUUGACUUGUCAGGCCCGCCAGGGGCCCAGAGCGCCCCCGCAGCCGAAGCUGCUGAGAUGUCUGUUCUUCGCUUCCCACCCACUCCUACCUCCCCCUCCUCCCCUCCUACUCCCUUCCGUUGAGAACAAGGAAUUUCCAUCCUAAAGCAAAGGGAGAACAGUAAGAUUGAGACCACGAGAAACUAUAGGAAAACAAAAAAUAUAGGAGACAGGUGUGGGUGGGGGAGGUAUGUGACAAAAAAGGGAUUGGGGACAAAGAAAAAUGUCCACUUCUUGUUUUAGGUGGGCACUGCUCUCAUUCAGGACCACAUCCUCACCUGUCUCCCACCCCAAAGCUGGACCUGAUAUAGGUGUGGUCAUGUUGCAGGAAUCUAUAAUUCAUGAUUCGUAUGUCAGCAAACAAUUCUGUUACGAAAACACGCUUAUCCCAAAGUGGCAUGAUGUAUGGACACGGAUACAGAUCCGCGUAAAUAGUUCCAAAUUGGUUAAAGUCACCCAGGUGGACAACGAAGAGAAACUAAAGGAGCUAGAGCAGUUUAGUAUCUGGAACUUUUUUUCCUCUUUUUUAAAAGAGAAAUUGAAUGACACCUAUGUUAACGUGGGUCUGUAUAGCUCAAAAACCUGCCUCAGAGUUGACACUGCAGAGGACACCAAGUACAGUGUCAUUGUGACCCGGAGAUUUGACCCCAAACUCUUCCUCAUUUUCUUCCUUGGACUUGUACUGUUUUUUUGCGGAGACUUGCUGAGCAGGAGUCAGAUUUUCUAUUACUCCUCUGGAAUGAGUGUGGGAAUUGUGGCCUCUCUCCUAAUCAUCAUUUUUAUAAUAUCCAAGUUUAUGCCGAAGAAAAGUCCCAUUUAUGUCAUCCUGGUGGGAGGCUGGUCGUUUUCUCUGUACCUCAUCCAACUAGUUUUUAAGAACUUACAAGAGAUCUGGAAGUGUUAUUGGCAGUAUCUUUUAAGUUAUAUCAUCACAGUUGGAUUCAUGAGUUUUGCUGUGUGUUACAAAUAUGGGCCCUUGGAGAAUGAACGAAGUAUCAACUUGUUGACUUGGACCUUGCAGCUGAUAGGCCUGGGUUUCAUGUAUUCCGGCAUCCAAAUACCACACAUUGCCCUUGGCUCUGUCAUCAUUGCACUGUGUACUAAGAAUCUGGAGUACCCUAUUCAGUGGCUGUACAUCACUUACAGAAAGAUGUGUAAGGCAAGAGAAAAGCCUGUUCCCCCUCGUCUUCUGACAGAAGAAGAAUAUCGGAUACAAGGAGAGGUAGAGACCCAGAAGGCUUUAGAAGAGCUCAGAACAUUUUGUAACAGUCCAGAUUGCUCUCCAUGGAAGACCAUUUCUCGGAUACAGUUUCCAAAAAGAUUUGCUGACUUUGUGGAAGGUUCUUUCCACCUCACACCAAAUGAAGUUUCUGUCCAUGAGCAGGAGUAUGGAUUAGGGAGCAUUAUUGCCCUGGAUGAGGAAGCAUUCUCUGAGGAGGAGGACUCAGAUUCUCUGUACCCCCCUGCCACACAAAAUGACUUCCUCCCUUAGAGGGUAGUCUUACUUUCAUGCAGGAUGGCUUGGUCCGUUGGUGGUCCAUGUUACGACAGGAAGGCAGAGGAAGAAUGCGAAGAGUCUCCCACUGAAAUGAGAGGCUUGUGUGGAUCUCCCUCUGGGAGUGGCCUUGAUGGUCUCUGUGGGAUCACUGAGGAAGGAGAAUGGGUAAAGCACUGAAUGCUUUGGUAGUUCACUUCCCACUGGUUAAGCCAUCGGCCCAUUUUUCUAUUACCAAGAAGUUGGAUAUGCACAACCAGCAUGGCAUUGCAGCUCCUCCUGAAAGUUGAUUCAGUCAUGACUUCUGUCACUCCAAAUUGAGAAAAUUGCAGUAGAGCUUCCAGAUCUUAGGCUGCAUCUGCCAGGAUGAAAAUCACUAAUCAUUCACUUCUGUUUUUAUUUCAGUGACUUUAGAAUAAUCCUUUAUUUAAAUGCUUUUGGGGAAAAUUGAUUUUUGUCUAGUUGGCUUUUUUUUCUGAGACAGGCUCUCACCAUGUAGUGCAGAGUGGCCUUGAACUCACUUAUGUAGCCCAGGAUGGCCUUAAACUCAUGGAGAUUGUCCUGCCUCACUGUCUCCAGUGCUGGGAUUACAGGUGUGCACCACCACACCUAGUUGCUCUUGUUUUUUUUUUUUUUUAAAACACAUUUUUAAAAACAUAAACUCAUACCUAGAACAAGCAGGUGCUGCAGAAUGACAGAGCCUGUUUGGUACAGAUUAUCCAUUAAGGCCCCAGAAGCUGUCAUGUUCAACUUUGAAUUAGUUCUGACAUAUAUGAUAUUUUGAGUCCUCUUUGCUUUGAGGGAAGUACCUGUAGGCUCUUCCGUAUGUGAAACCUCUUGGGCUUUUUGUUAUAUUCCACAUUUAAUCUUGUCUUUAAAAUACAUUUGCAUUUUUCUCUUAAUCUUCCUUGAUCUCCUUGUUCCUUUCAGAAAACUGAAUUCUUCCACUUGUGGGAUGUGAAACUGAAUUUAGAGUAUGUUUCAUUUCUUAUCCCCAUCCAUUCUGCUAGCCGGAGAAGUGCUCUUAUUUACCCCAUUUUUCCUGCUAUUGGGUAUCUUUGAGUAACUGUGAAAGAAAUAUCCUUUUGUCUGCCUUGCUUUGUAUAUGAAGUUCAUUCUUUCAGCCUUCCUUACCACCUGUACUGUCCCAAAUCUGGCUAAUUUUUAAGCUCUGAAACCAUCUAUGAAGUUUCUUAUAUACAGUUUAUAGCUUGUCCCUACCAUAAUUUGCAUUGCUGGAAAAUAGACCUCUGGGUUGUCUUACCUCAGGUGCUCACUCGGCCUUCAGGAUCAGACACAUUUUUCUAUGAAUUUGUUAUACUUAAUUUGCAAUUCUGUUUCUGGCUGGAGAUUCUUGCUAUCUUGUAUUAUAGUGGCCUUAGUUUCAUAUUCUUUUGCCUUUGUAUAGUACUCUUACAACCCAGCAAUAACAUUUAUGAGGGAGCAAAUUCCCAAGUAUCUGUCAUUUGUUGGUUUUUUUCUCUUGUGGUUUUUCCUGCUUGUACUUUGGGAAAACCUGUAAUUCUUUUAGCUAGGAAGAGAGACAUUCAUGGCAGGUAUACAGCAUUGGACUUGACUAACCAUGAUCAUGGAAAGAAAGAUGAAUUUUUAAAAAGUGUCAUAAUUCAUUCAGAGCUGCCAUUAAGUAAUUUUGAAAUAUCGUAGUCUCCAUUGCUGACUUCUGAAAUGUCAGCUCUGAGACUCCCAUCCAGGUGGCUGGUUGAUUAUUUCCACCAGUGUUCCCCCGUAGCCUUCAGCUGUUCUAAAAUGACAACUACCUCAGUUGGCAGAAAUUGACAGAAAGAAAGCAAUGAACAAUGUUGGGUGAAUGCUGUGGGUUAAAGUUGCAGAAUACAAAGAACUUUGUAUUGGGAAGCCUUUAUUCCUUUGUGAAUUAUUUGCAUGGUAAAAUUUUAUCCUCCUACAAAGAACUAUUAAAACCUCUAAGGAAGUGGAAAUAUAGCUUAGUGAUAUUGCACUUGCCUAGCAUGCACAAGGCCCAGGGUUCACACAAUCUUCCCUGCAGAAAAAUGCUGUAAAGUAUAAUUUUGACAUUAUUUAUAGAAAUUUUAGGCCUAGCAUAUUUAAGUAUAGAUAAUUUAACUGUACAAAAUAUCUUAGGAUCACUGGAGAUAAUGGUGCCUUCUCCCAAAUAUCUUGGAAGGUGGUAGCUUGCCUCCAGAGUGACGUUUCCUGGUUUAUGCCUUUAUUUUAGUGAGAAGCCAUUGGAAAGUUGAGAAAGAUUCUCCUGUUUUUUCUGUGUUGUAAACGCUUUGGGAAAUACAGUUUCAAGACUAGUUUUUUUUUUUUUUUUCUUUACUGUAUUUGAAUUUGAGAUGAGUAAAAUCAAAUUCACUUGAUUACUCCCUAUCUGGUAAUUGGAGAACUGAGCUUCAGGUGGUAGUGAUAAUAGUUGCUCCUUCAACAUGAGCAUUGCUCUCAGUGAAGGACAACGAUGCCUAUUUUUGUGCUGUGUGUCCUUGUUCUGCUUGCCUGUGUAGCUCUGCCCAGAUGUUUCAGAGUGUCUGUGCCUGGAGAUUGUUUAACUCUGUAAACCUAUAGGAGCUGUUCUUGUCUCCCUCUUGGCCACUUAGUCUGCUGGCUCAGGCACUACUUGAAGCCCCUAUUUAAUUUUCCCUGGCAGUUACAGCUAUUGCAAUUUCAGCAUAGUCUCAUUUCAGGCCCAUCUCAUCAAGAAGGAUUGAAAGGAUAACUGUGAGGUGAGCUGGAGAGUGGAGCCGUGUCUGCUGCCUCGUCAGCAUCUUGCUCAACAAAUGUCAAGUCAUAAAUUGGCCCAACGGCUCAAGGUCUCAUCAACAUUGAAAAUCUGUGGUCUAAUCAGUCUGACCAAGUUAUUUGGAGCAUGAUUCCCAGUAAGGGGAGUAUAAGAGGCUACUGGCCUAAAAUUUUUUUUUCGACCUUCCUACUCAGGUGGUUUCAUGACAGCAACAGAACAUAAUGACCAAAACCAAGAAAAAUUUAACAACUUUGAUACUUUCUAGUAAAUUCUUUUUUUUUUUUUCUCUUCAUUUUUAUCAGAACCAGGGAUCGAACUCACGACUGCCUGCUUGCAAGGCAGGUGCUUAUGCCGCUGAGCUAAAUCCCCAGCCCCUUUUCUAGUAAAUUCUUAUCAGCCACUGCAUCAUACCAAACCAGUUCAUUUCUCUCCCCAAACUUGUGGUUUUUAUGUCUGUUACAAAAAGGGAAUUUUGCUAAUGAUAGCACUUUGGGUCCCACUGUUCCUUUUACAAAAAUGCAUCCUAUUCCAGUGCCCAGUGCUCUCUUCAUCAGUUAUGACCCUUUAACCCAGUCUCUAGUUGGCAUUAAGAUGGAAGUUUGAUGAAUGAAAGGACCUAAAUAAGCCGGAUAGUUCCCCAAGCCCUGAUAUCCAUAAAAGGAUUGGGAAUGGGUUAUGUAAUUGCCCUCAAUCUUUCUGUUGUUUCAGAAAAAUAAAAAAGAUGGGCUCAGAUGGAUGCCUGCCUAAAAAUGGUUCUUAGCUAUGUACUCAUAACUCUUCUGAACUGAGUGGUGAAAGCUGAAGUAGGAGGAAAGGAGAUUAAACAUCUUUCUAGUAUUCACACUAAGGCCUGACAUGUGAGGUAAUAACUGCGUUGAAAUGCUAGAACUUCUGUCUGAACUAGGGAGAGGAGGGUUGGAUAAAUUUAGUUUUUUUACAUUAUAUAGGUACUGAAACCAAGUAAUACACAUAAAAUAGCCACUGUACAAGGCAGAUGCACCUGAACUUCUGCUUGUUUCUAUGUGGCGGAAUUGAUUUUUUUUUUUUUUUUUUUAGGGGAACUUGUGCAACUGUGGGACCCACUGGUAUCUUAUGGACAAUUUAUGGAUUCAGGUUGCUAUUGGGUUAGGUUCUAGAUGGUUCACUUCCUUGAAAACGAUAUCUGGUGCCUUUCAUGGCAGGACCCAGAGCCUGCUGAGGAUAAAGCAGAUUCAUACCAAUGUCACCUUGCAGCUUUAGUGGGGUUGUCAGUGGUCACACAGACUCUCUACCCCUCACCUAUGUGUGUCAUCUUCUUUUGCACUUUUGAUGACUACUUGAAAACAACUCUCUUUGAACUUGCCUAUUGCAUAUGCAGUAUUCUGUUAAUAGGAAACUCAUAAUGUGAAUUUAAGAAACUGUUACAAACUGCAAUUGCCACAGUUUUCCAUGGAAUUGAUGUUGAAAUAACAGGGCUAAGAAGUUACUGGGUAAAUGUUAGCCUGUGGAUAAUGCCUUAGUGUGUAGAUAAAAGAUUUGUCAUUUGUAUUUAAAAUAAAUGUUCAUAAAUGUUUAUAAGGAAUAAAGUUAUCAGGGACCACUCUUUGCCAUAGGUCUUAUUUUCAUGUUUCUGUAAGAAUAAUGAUCUUACAUAUUUUAAAAUUUUUAUUGUAUAGUUUGUAAAUGAACCCAGUUUUAAUAAAGUUUUAUAGACUGUC